AUGGCGACAGCAGCCAUCCGAUUUGUCGCAGGUACUAAGAAGGCUCCCCUCGGCACAUUGUACCUACAGUGCCAUGUUAAGCCGGGAGCCUCCCGUGUUCGGGAGGGUGUUACGGCUGUGACUGACGGGACUGUCGAGCUGUGUGUCACUGCGCAGGCACGUGAAGGGGAGGCGAACAAAGCUGUUGUGAAGCUCCUGAGCGAGGUUUUGGGCCUUCCAAAGUCAGACCUGGCCAUCACUCAAGGACUGAAGUCUAGGGACAAAACAGUUGCUGUGAACAAUGUCAAGGAUGGCGAAAAAUUCACAGAAACUAUCAGGGAGAAACUUUUUGAGGCAGUUAAAAAUCAGUAA